UUUAUAGGAACCGUGGUGGCGGAGGCAGGUCAGUGUGGUGAGGGUGGUGGUGAAGGCAGGAUGGCAGUGGUGGUGAGGGUAUUGCCGGUGGUGCCCUUAGCUCUCCUGGCUCUGUCCUGCAUCGUCUCUGGCUCCACAGCACAGCACGAACCUGCGCCGCCUCAGGGUCCCGCCGUUAGCAGGUCCUCCCGUGGGGGCGCGGUGGAGGGCGUGGCAAGGUGGCUGGAGCAGCAGGACGUGCCGGAGGAGGCGAGGUGGAGGGUGGAGGAGCUGGUGGAGGACCUGCGUGCCGGGGAGGUGGACGAGGAGUAUCUGCAGGGCGUCCUUCGCGGCAUCCUGCAAGGUGACGAUGAGGAGGAGGACGGAGAGGAGGAGGAGGAGGAGGAGGAGGAGAUGGAGGAGAUGGAACACAGCAUCCUUCAUGGAGACGACGAGGAAGAUGAGUUGGACGAGGCCAUUGCGCUAGAUCUUCUGGAGAGUGAAGAGGGGAGGAGGAGGAGGAGGAGGAGGAGGGGGCUAGAGGCGACAGAGCAGAAUGAAGAGGAGCUACUUCUUCCCGCAGAAGAGGAAGAAGAAGAACAAGAGGACCUUAGCGCAGAUGUGAGUAGCGAGGAGGAGCGUGAAGGCACCCAUGGCGAGGAUAGGAGCGUGGAGGAGGGUGGAGGCGGCCAAGAGAAGGAGGAGGGCGACGGCGGCGGCGUAGAGGAGGGCCUGGACGAGGCGCUCAUCCAGAGGCUGCUGGAGGGCUUCAGCUUCCAGGCGCAGGACUUGGCCAGACCCAAACGCUCCCCGCGCCGCAGCAGCUCGCGCCGCUCCAGCAGCAGGAGCAGCAGCAGCAGGAGCAGCGGUGGCGGCUGGUGGAGGAGAUCCACCCCUAGCUCCUCCUCCUCUUCCUCCUCUUCCUCCUCUUCCUCCUCCACCUCCAGAUCAUCAUAUCCCAGCACCAGCAGAACCAGCACCCCCUCCACAUCCUAUUCCCCCUCCUCCUCCUCCUCUUCUUCCUCUGGUGGUGUUCGACCUGUGCCCUCCGGUUACCCUGGAAGUACCCAGCCUGUCGGGGGCUACCCUGGGACAACUCAACCCGUGGGAGGAUAUCCAGGAGGCACCAGGCCAGGCUACCCCGGUACCACUCAGCCUGUGGGGGGAUACCCUGGGAGUACCAGCCCUGGAAGCUACCCGGGGACUACACAGCCCGUGGGAGGCUACCCAGGAGGUGCCAGACCAGGUUACCCUGGAACAACCCAGCCUGUGGGAGGAUACCCUGGAGGUGCAAAUCCUGGGGGCUACCCUGGAACAACCCAGCCUGUGGGAGGAUACCCUGGAGGUGCAAAGCCUGGGGGCUACCCUGGAACAACACAGCCUGUGGGAGGAUACCCUGGAGGUGCAAAGCCUGGGGGCUACCCUGGAACAACACAGCCUGUGGGAGGAUACCCUGGGGGCGCCAGGCCAGGCUAUCCUGGAACAACACAGCCUGUGGGAGGAUACCCUGGAGGUGCAAAGCCUGGGGGCUACCCUGGAACAACACAACCUGUGGGAGGAUACCCUGGGGGCGCCAGGCCAGGCUAUCCUGGAACAACACAGCCUGUCGGGGGUUACCCGGGGGGUGCCAGGCCAGGUGGUUACCCGGGCACCACUCAGCCAGUAGCAGGUUACCCCGGGGGCGUGCGUCCCUUCGGCAGCUACCCCAACACUAACCAGCCGUACGGGGGCGGCUUCAGCCCAGCGGGUUGGGGCACGCCAGGAGGCGGCUACUCCACUGGGUACCGGCCCUACGGGGGCUACUCCACUGGGUACCGGCCCUACGGGGGCUACUCCACUGGGUACGGGGGUUUUGCCACUGCCACGCGGCCCACAUAUGGAGCAGCCGGGAUAGGCAUGAUGGGCGGUAGCCGGGGCAUCGGGGGCUACCCGAUGGGCGGCUACCCCAUGCCGGUGAAGAAAAAGAAGAGCAAAAAGCAGAAGGUGAAGGCCCUGGUGGCCGCGGCAGGCACGGCCUAUAUCAUGCACAAGGCCGCCAAGAAGACAAAGUUCCUGUCGCCCAUGGGCUUCGGCGGCUAUGGAGGAUAUGGUGGGUAUGGCGGCUAUGGCGGCUUGGGGAGGGGCUUAGGGGGCGGUAUUGGUGGGUUCGGCAGCAAGGCGCUGGUUGGCGGCCUGGCGGGGAUGGGGGCCGCCAAGGUGGGCAAGAAGCUGCUGGGGGCGUACAUCAAGUUCAAGAUCGCCAAGUACGCCCUCAAGUUCGGCGCGGAGGCAGCCAAGGCGUACUUCUUCUACAAGAUGGGGCUGGAGCUGGACGAGUACAUGAUUGGCAAGUUCGUGCACCGCUACCACCACCACCGCGUCAGCGGCGACACUCGCUGGCGCUACUACCACCACCACUCCCGCAGGGCACGCGUGGGCAACGGCACAGAACAGCACGAUAACAUCACUCUGGGUGAAUUCUGCAACCGGCCCUGCGUGAAGAAUGACACACGAAUCUGCCAGUUUAAUUUUGACGUUCACCUGUAUCAAAGUAUGUCCAGAGCGUGUUAUGACUGUCCACGUAACAAGACUGACUGUGAGCGGCCGGAAUGCAUCACAGCUGACGGUACAAGGCGCAUGAUCUUCACUGUCAACAAGCAAUUACCUGGGCCAGCAAUACAGGUAUGCGUGGGUGACAAAGUACUCGUGGACGUGAUGAAUAACCUCCCAUCGUCUGCUAUUGCAUUCCACUGGCAUGGCGUCACUUUAGGAGCCUCCACUGCCCUUCCCAACGCCAGGUCCACCCCUUACAUGGACGGGGCCGCUGGGGUGACACAGUGCCCGAUUCCCCCCGGCUCUGGCUUCCGCUACGCUUUCUUCGCCACUGAUCCAGGCACCCAUAUGUGGCACGCAGGGCUGGAGAGAGGAGACGGGUUGUUUGGGGGUCUUGUCGUCACACAAAGCUCUGAAGAUGAUCCUUACGUGCAUAUUCAGGAACAUAUGAUUGUGAUAAGCGACUGGUACAACAGGUCUUCAUUAACGCUCCUGGCCGACAGACACUCUGCUGGCCCUCCCCCGCGCCCUACUGCAAUCCUUAUUAACGGCAGGGGCACGCGCGUCACCUCCCCUGCCGUGCCGCCGCCGAAACUACUCAUUGAGCAGGGCACUCGUUACCGGCUCCGCGUGGUGAGUGCCGCCGCUGCCCUGUGCCCCGUGACUCUCAAUGUGGAAGAGCACGACCUCAUCAUCCUGGCUCUGGACGGGACGCCUGUAUCCUUCGUCAACGCCUCCACCAUCCUCCUCAACCCUGGAGAGAGGUACGAUGUGAUGUUCAAUGCGGACCAGGAGUUCUCGGCGCGCCCUAACGGAACCUUCUGGGUGCGCGUGGUGGGCGGUGGGGCGUGCGAGGGCCUCUUCCAACACGCCGCCCUGCAGUACCUCCCUGAUGACUUCGCUAAUUACACUGUUAAUGACACGCUGCCGGAAGUGCCUCCAGUGACGGCUCCGAGUGUUGAUGAGUCCAUGAAUGCCUUCACCAGUUCCUGCGACACUCCUGGCCAGCGCUGUCUCACUCACCUCUCCAGUCUCUCACCUGUGCCCAGUCGCAUUACCUCCGUGAAGGCAGACCACACCCUCUACUUGGCCUUUAUGCGACGCUACAGUCACAACCAGCACUACUACUCCUUGUUCUACUACGAUAUCUUCUCAGAUCCGGAGGACCAGAGACUCAGAACCCCGCAAAUCAACAACCUCAGCUUCAGACCGCCACCGAAGCCCUUACUGACGAACUGGAAAGCCCUGAAGAGUGAGAACUGCAGCGCUGACACCGGUGUGAGGGUGAACCAGUGUGUGAUGGACUUCUGUGAGUGUGUCCAUGUUGUGCAGAUCAAGAAGGGAGCAUUGGUGGAGUUGGUGAUGGUAGGGGAAGGGCCAUCCAACGAGACAGCUGAACCGGUCCACAUCCACGGGUACAAAUUCUGGGUUCUGAGUCAGGUGGAGGCGUCAGCACUCCCGGAGAUUCCACCCUUGCCCACUCCACCUGCAGUCAACGGAACCACUCCACCACCGCCUCCUCUUCCACCUUUCCUGUACCGCGAUGGAGCCAAGAAAUUAGACGAACAGGGAGAUCUGGUGAGGGAUCUGAAGAGUCCUAUACAAAAGGAUACGGUGUCGGUUCCUGCAGGGGGCUACACCAUCGUCAGGUUCAUUGCAGAUCACCCAGGUCUGUGGUUGCUGGAGAGUCAGGUCAGCCUAAGCAGCGCGUCUGGAAUGGCUUUGGUGCUGCAGGUGGGAGAGAAGAGUGACGUUCCCAGCAGGCCACCCCCAGACUUCCCAACCUGCUAGACUGCAAGAGUGAUGGGUAGGAGUGAUGGGUAGGGGUGAUGGGUAGAAGUGAUGGGUAGGAGGAAUGGGUAGGAGUGUUUGGUAGAAAGUGAUGGGUAGGGGUGAUGGUAGAAGUGAUGGGUAGGAGGAAUGGGUAGGAGUGAUGGGUAAAAGUGAUAGCUAGGAAUGAUAUUUUGCCUUUAUUUUUAUGUAAGAGGGCAAACCUGGCCAAGGGCAACAAAAACGACUAAACAAAUAGGUCUACUUAGAUGCCAGUUUUCGAGCAGGUCCGAGAGAGUUAGCCCCCCUCAAAAAAA